AUGCUAAAAGUCAGUAGUACCAUUUAGUAUUUUAGAAAAUAGGUUCUAAUAGUAUUUUUGAAAACAAAUAGGUGUACAUGGCUUUAGUUUCCCAUUCAUCAACUUAACCAUUAUAAGAAAUCUAAUAUAUAAAAAUAUCAGGGUUCAAUUGUAAUGCCUUCACUUCAAUUCAUAUGGAAUCACAUAGAUGAGAACUGGAUUUGUUAAGGCACAUUUAUUACUUCAAUUCUGA